AUGGCGUCUGCACUCUUCUUCCUGGAUCUCAAGGGCAAGACCCUCCUUGCUCGAAACUAUAGGGGUGACAUCCCCAUGUCCGCCGUCGAAAAGUUCCCCGUCCUCUUGUCAGAAGCCGAAGAAGAAUCAUCAGCCGUUCCGCCAUGCUUUUCCCACGAAGGAAUUAAUUAUCUAUACAUCCGCCACAACAACCUCUACCUCCUGGCGCUAACGAAGCGCAACACCAAUGCCGCCGAAAUCCUGCUCUUCCUGCACAAGGUCGUCGAAGUCUUCACCGAGUACUUCAAGGCCCUGGAAGAGGAAUCCAUCCGCGACAACUUCGUCGUCAUCUACGAGCUCCUCGAUGAGAUGAUGGACUUUGGAUAUCCCCAGACCACCGAGUCCAAGAUCUUGCAAGAGUACAUCACUCAAGAGUCACACAAGCUGGAGAUCCAGGCACGCCCGCCAAUCGCCGUAACCAAUGCCGUGUCUUGGCGAUCAGAGGGUAUUCGCUACCGCAAGAACGAGGUUUUCCUGGACGUUGUCGAAAGCUUGAACCUCCUCGUCAGCGCCAACGGAAACGUGCUAAGGAGCGAGAUUCUCGGUGCCAUCAAGAUGAAGUGCUACCUCAGUGGAAUGCCCGAACUAAGAUUGGGACUCAACGACAAAGUCAUGUUUGAAACAACCGGCCGAACAACGCGCGGCAAGGCCAUUGAGAUGGAAGACGUCAAGUUCCACCAAUGCGUUCGACUUUCCCGCUUCGAAAACGACCGAACGAUCUCAUUCAUCCCCCCCGAUGGCGAAUUUGAACUCAUGUCCUACCGCCUCAACACCCAAGUCAAGCCCCUGAUCUGGGUCGAGUGUCUCGUUGAAUCCCACUCUGGCUCCCGCAUUGAAUAUAUGCUAAAGGCCAAGGCUCAGUUCAAGCGACGAAGCACGGCCAACAAUGUCGAGAUUAUCGUCCCCGUGCCCGAUGAUGCCGACUCCCCUCGUUUCAGGACAAACAUUGGCUCUGUGCAUUACGCCCCCGAACAGAGCGCCAUUGUCUGGAAGAUUAAGCAGUUUGGCGGCAACAAGGAGUUCCUCAUGCGCGCGGAACUUGGUCUUCCUAGCGUGCGAGGAGACGACGAGCACGGUGGUGGAAUGACGGGUGGAUUUGGAGGCAGCAUGGGUGGAAUUGGCGGCAAGGGAGCCAAGCGACCUAUCCAAGUCAAGUUUGAGAUUCCUUACUUUACAACAAGUGGAAUCCAGGUCCGAUAUCUCAAGAUUACUGAGCCCAAGCUUCAAUAUCCUUCCCUCCCCUGGGUCCGAUACAUCACGCAAUCCGGCGACAUCGCUGUUCGACUGCCUGACGUGGUCUAA